AUGCACAUGAGCAAUGACUGGCUCGUGACGAGCUGCGAAACUCCUCAACCAGGAACGAACAUGGCACAAAAGCCCUUCCCUUCCGUCUGCCCACUGGUUGGCAACCAGUCCUCUCCAGAUUUACCCCUACCACCCCCCCCCUCCCCCUCCCUCCCUCCCCCCCUCUCCCCCCCUCCUCCCCCUCUCCCCCCCCCCCUCCCCCCCCCUCUCCCCACCCCCCCUUUCCCACCCCCCUCCCAAUCCCCCCAAUCCUUCCCCCCCCUUCCCCCCCCUCCCCUCCCCCUCUCCCCCCCCCCCUCUCCUCCACUCCUCCCUCCUCCCCUCCCCCCCUCUCCUCCCCACCUCCUCCCGCCCCCCCUCGCCUCCCCCCCAUCCUCCCCCCCCUCUCCCCCAACCCCCCCCUCCCCUCCCUCUCUCCCCUCUCUUCGUUUAAUUUUACACCCUUUUCUCGGGUACAUUUGCUCGAGUGGCCAGGCGUGGACUCGGCCGUUCUGUCAUGCUCCCGCUGCAUAG